AUGAGCGAUCUGGAAGAACAGGAAGAGUACCGCGAGGACUCGCAGGUUGAGGAGGGGGAAGGCGACGACGACUUUCUCACCCAAUUUCGUGCCGUACUCGACAAACUACGCGAAGCGGGCGACUCAGAGGAGCUCGAGCAGCUGGAGAGUGCCUAUCGCAUCGCGUGCGACCGCGAGCACGACUUCAAGACGGCAGCGGAGAUCGGUCAGAUGCUGGUGCAGAAGAACCAGCAGCUCAUGGAGGAACUCGAGGAGGCCUCCAUCUGGCGAGACCAGUAUGACACACAACGGGACGCCAACAACGAAAUCCUGACCACGCUGGAGCGGCUCGAGGAGGCCAACCACCUGCUCCAGCAGCAGAACCAGGACUACGAGCGAAGCAUGGUCGAACUGCGCGCGAGGUGCGAGGUGUUGCAAAGCGAGCACGUCACGGCGGCCGAGAUGCACAACGCGCUCGAGGAGGAGGUGGAGAAGCUGCAGGACAAGGUGCGCUCGCUCACACUCGAGCAGCGCGUCAACUCGGCCUACAAGGAGAAGACCCGACAACUCUUCGAGCAGGAGUUGACGGAGGAGCUGCAGGAACAAACGGUGCAGCUUCAGAAGGACAACGCCUCGCUCAGGGGCGAUCUCGAGGUGUUGAAGACGACGUCGUCUAAGAGCCAGAACGCCGAGUACGAGGUCAAGCAGCUGCGGGAGCAGGUCAAGAGCCUCAAGGCCAUGCAGGACCAGAACAAGCAGCUCAAGGACAAGCUCGCCGUGAUUCAAGAGGAGCACGCCGACCUGACGAGCAUCGUCGAAGAGAACCAGCGGCUCACCGACGCCGUCAACUCGCUCAUGAAAGUCAACCGGCACUUCCGGGAGCAGCAGGAGAAGGACCAGGCCCUGCUCGAGGAGGCCAACCACAACAUCCAGAGCCUCCAGGUCGCCAUCGAAGAGCAAAAGCUCGCCGACCAAGACUCAUCCCUCGCCAGGGAUCCGUCGCUGGUGGCGCUGGAGCUGGAGCAGCGAGUGCUGGACCUCAUGCAGCGGGUGCUCGACGACGACCCGGGCUCCAACGGUGAGCUCAACAACGUGCUCGAGGCCGAGAUUGCGCGCCGGGCCGACCGCCUGCUGGCCAUGCGCCGGGCCGAGCUCGAGACCCAGUACGAGCUCGAGCUCCAGCGUCAGCUAGCCAAGGCCCGCGAGGACAUCAACAUGAAGAUCAUGGAGAUGCAGAUGGCCAAGAUGGUCGAACGCGGCAGCCACCACGCGGCUGCGAGCGAGUCGGCCAAGCGCGAGCGAGACGAGGGCGAGGGCGAGGGCGCGGCGGACAUGCAGUUGGGCGACGACGAGGCGGCGCAGAGCAGCAAGCGCAAGAAGCGGUCGGACACCAGCGGCACGCCGCCGCCCGUUGCCACCGCACCCGCCACUGACUGGGAACAAGGAUCGCUCAAGCGUCGGAGCACGGACAUGUCGUCGCUGUCCACCCGGCGGGCGGCCGCGAUGUCGCUGCCGCCGCGCAAGAUCUCGCUCGGGUCGGGGCGGUCGACGUCGCCGCGCCGCAUCUUCGAGAAGCUCGCCCAGCACUCGCCCCGCUCGCCCCUGCAGAGCACUGCCACCACCAUCGGCCUUCGCGCGCCGUCGCCCACAAAGCUGGAGCUGCCGCCCAUGGAGGCCCCCAUGACGACGACCACCACCACCGCCGACGAAACUCUGCCUAUGCUCGCCGACGAGCAGCCGACCAUCGAACAAGAGAAAAUCGAACAGCCGCCCGCAACCGAAGAGAAAAUCGAAGAGGAAACUAAAGAAGAAAAGAUGGAGGAGGAGAGCACGACGACCGAGCAGCAGCAGCAGCCCAUGGAGGAGGUGGCAGUGGAGGCCGUCGCCGUCGAAUCACCGGCGCCGGUCGAGCCGGAGUCGGAGCCGGAGCCGGAGCCUGCCGCUAUUGUUGUGGACGAGCCCGAGCCCGCGGUGGAGGAGGUAGUCGAGGACAAGGUCGUGGAGGAGGAGACGAAGCCCGAGGAGCCCACGCCGGCCGAGCCCGCGGUCGUCGAUGUGACGCCCAAGGCCGAGGCCGAGGAGGUGGUGGUGGUGGAGCAGCCGCCCGUCGUCGAGCAGCCGACGGAGGUGGUGGCCGAGGCCGAAAUCCCCAAGGAGGAGGUGCCCGUGCGCUCGCUAUCGGCGCCCGUGGCGCGGAACUCCAUGUCCAUCCUGACCGCUGAGUCGUCGCUCGCUACUGCGGCGUCAGCGGGCCUCACUACGGUGCCGGCUCUCGAGACCGCGGCCUCGCCUGCGGCGCGCCACAUCCCGCCCGCCAAGCCCGUCCCGCCACCGCCCACCGAAGCAGGCGCGCGCCGUAGCUUUGACGACGCGUCGGUCAAGCGACCGCGCUCGAACUCGAUCACGCAGUCGCUGGCCUCGUCGUCCUCGUUCGCCGCCUCGACCCUGCGGGACAAGGUCGACAGCGUCUUCGCUAAGCCCUCGGCCCCCGCCCGCAAGAAGGACCAACGCAAGACCAUCAUGCCCGAAGCGCGAGCGCUGCCGCGACUGCAUGGGCCGGAGGAGGGCUCGAUGUCGCCGUUCAUGAUCUCGUAUCGGAACCCGACGCAGACGCUGUCGCUGUCGCCCCGAGGCGGGAAGGCGGGCACCACCUACACGCUCCACUCGCGCCCGCACACGCCCUCGCUCGUCGAGGAGCUGCUCACGUCGGCCUUCCGGCUCGAGGCCUCGCUCAACCGCAUCAACCUGUUCGCCAUGAACAGCGACGAGGCCAACACCUUCCGCCUCAUCGACGUCAUGACCGACCACAUCGUCCAGCACGUCGUCAAGGCCAAGUCGUUCAACUGCCCGGACGAGCUGCGGCAGAGUCAGAAGGAGGAGGGCGCCCAGGAGCUCCAGCGCCUCCAGUCCCUCGUCAAGCCUGUGGUGAAUCUGCUGUUCUCGGAGUCGCACAACGGGGCGUACCACAUCAACUUCCGCACGUGCCUCAAGCAGAUCAGCGAGGCCAACAGCAAGAUCGCCACCGCCUGCACCCUCUCCUUCAUCGACGACAGCAUCAAAUUCAUCGAAUCGAAGAUCGAUAUGCCGGGCGUGGUGGAGGACGAGGAGCUGCAGCAGCAGUACCGGCACCUGAUCGAGCUGUCGCCCAACAUUCUGGUCAUGUUCAAGGAGGCCCUGCUCAACCCGGAGGACUCGGACCGCAAGCGCGUGCUCCACGCGUCGAUCGAUCUGGCCAAUCAGAUCCGCUUCAAGAUUCAGCGAAUGGGCCGCGCCCGCGAGCUGCCCAUGACCCUGUCCCCGUCGGCCCUGCGCCGCCCCGGCUCGGGCCUGCGGACGAGCGCGGGUGUCGACACGUCGACAGUUGAACAGAUCGUGUCGACGCCGACGCCGAGCUUCACCAGCAGCAGCUCAACGAGCAGCGUCGACGUCGACAGCAGCGAUGGCCGCGACAGCAAGGGCAAGGAGAAGGACCACGAAAAGCCCCUCACGGUGGACAUCGAUCAGUUGAGGAACGAGAUCGCGAUGGAGCUGGAGGACGACGAGCUGCGCAUACUGGCGCGCAUCGACAACGUGGUUGAGCGGCAGCUGCGACUGCUGCAGAUCGAGGAGCGCAAACACAUCCACCUCAUCCUCGACCUCAGGGACAAGCUCAAUGACGCCAACCUCGCGGUGAUGAAUAAGACGAUGCGGAGCGUGUUGAGCUUCAACGAGCUGGUGCAGCUCUCCGACGCCUGCAUCGACAACGUGCUCAAGGAAUCCAAGAAGUUGUUCAAGCUGCCGGGUCUGCGCAAUCCGUCGUUGAUGGCCCUGGCGAUCGAUCUGGUGAUCGAGGUGGCCGUGCUUAUGAAGCGCUGCAACGACUUCUCCGUGGGCAUCAACCAGCCCACGCUCGAAAAGCUCGAGAAGUUCAAGAAGGACUACGCCCUCCGGGGUGUGGCAACGCCAUCGCCGGGCAGGGGAGGCUCGCCCAAGAAGGGUGCACCGGGCGGCGGCAUCCUCUCCUACUUCUUCGGCCGAGGGUGA